AUGGCGGACCAAGUACCCUUCUCCGAGCAGCCAUGGCUGAGCGGUCACCCUUCGCCCUACUACACCGAGUCUCACAGGGCAUGGCAGCGACACUGCAGGGACUUCAUCACGGGAAACCUGACCAAGUAUGCCAUGCAAUGGGAGAACGAGGGCGCCGUACCCGAAGGCACAUAUCAACACUUCGCGGCUGCUGGCAUGCUUCUUCCAAACCUACCUGCGCCUCUUCCGGUAGAAUAUCUCAAGAAAAUUGGAAUGACGAAGAUCGGUCCUCUGAAAGUCGAGGACUUCGACAGCUUCCACGCAAGCAUCUACGUUUCGGAGAUCAUCCGCAGUGGACUCAACGGACCUGCGAGUGCAUUAUGCACAGGAUUGGCCUAUGGACUACCGCCGUUGUUCAAGUUCGCGAGCCGCGAGCUCCAGGAGAGAGUCGUUCCAGAUCUGCUACUCGGGAAGAAACGCAUAUGCAUCGCAAUCAGCGAGGUAGAGGCGGGCUCCGACGUGGCCAAUAUCCAGACGACUGCGAAGAAGUCAAGCUGUGGCAAGUUCUACGUUGUCAACGGUGUGAAGAAAUGGAUCACCAAUGGUAUCUGGUCUGACUACGCCAGCAUGUGUGUUAGAACUGGAGGGGCUGGCCCAGGAGGGCUUUCUGUUCUGCUCGUGCCACUCAAGGGGCAGGAGGGCGUCAGUAUGCGGAGGAUACCAGUGUCUGGACAGAAAUGCGCGGGCACUACGUUCAUCGAACUAGAUGAUGUACAGGUCCCUGUGGCGAAUCUCAUCGGGCAAGAAGGCCAGGGCAUGAAGCAGAUCAUGACAAACUUCAACCACGAACGAUUAACGAUCGCAGUCAAAGUAACUACUCAAGCUCGAGUGGCUCUUUCCGAAGCAUUCAAGUAUUGCAUGAAACGAGAAGCGUUUGGGGCUCCCCUGAUCAACCAGCCUGUUGUCCGACACCGACUUGCUAAAGCAGGAGCACUUCUGGAGACGCAAUGGUCUUGGGUUGAGGCCUUGGUGUAUGAGAAUGGCAACCUGUCGAAAGAAGCUGCAGAUGCGAAGUUGGGCGGGCUAACAGCUUUGGCCAAGGCACAGGCGGGUAUUGUGCUGAAUGAGUGUUCGCAGUGCGCUCAACUGCUGUUUGGCGGCAACGGGUAUACACAGACUGGUCAAGGAGAGCUCAUUGAGAAGAUAACUCGGGAGGUUGCUGGGGCUCGGAUUCCGGGCGGAUCUGAGGAUGUCAUGCUGGACCUCAGCGUGAGGCAGAUGUACAAGAACUACCAGCGAGUAAACAAGGCAAAUCUAUGA